AUGAGAUCGAGGAGUAAGCAACUACUUCUGUUUCUCUGGUUAUUGUUAAUUUUUGUAUCCUCCGCAAAAUGGAAAUUUAAGUCCAGUAACCAUACAAAAUACUUUGUGGAAAGCGAGUUUUGCAAGAUGCCAUAUGUGGAUCCCUUCAGCCAGGAAGUAAUGUCAAGUUUUCGGACCCGUAAGUUAAAGGUCUGCCACCACGAUAGAGACCUUAUAACGCCCGAAUUCGACUCAAAAACUAAGCUCUAUCGAUUGCACAUACACAAGGAGUUAGUUAAAGGGCUUAAAGCUAAUAUAACCUUGCGCUGUUUUUAUCAGAAAAUUACAAGAAACGAUAAGAAUUUGUGGCCGGAUGAUUCAUAUAGUCUAUCAGAUCAUCGUUCUUUAACCCACCAUCUGGUCCUGCCCAAAGAUGUCCAAUUUCUAACCACUUCCUGCUCAAUCGUAAAUAAAACCGAGGAAUCAAAAGCCAUCCAACGGGAUGGUUUCGCUUUUGUUCAGGAUCUCUUUACUCCUAAACAGUUGGAAGAAAACUUUAAGAUAAUGAAUAGGACGGAUGAGCCCAAGCCCAGUGUGAUUAUUAUGGGUCUGGACUCCACCUCCCGGAUGAACUUUCGCCGUUCCAUGCCAAAGGUUUCGAAAUAUGUAGAUCAAGAGGGAUGGUUCGAGAUGCAGGGAUACAAUAAGGUGGGCGACAACACGCUACCCAAUCUUUUGGCCGUACUUGCAGGAACAUCGACUGAUCGAGCACAAAAGCAUUGCAAUCUAAGGAACCGCGGUUGCAUGGACAAAAUCAACUUCAUCUGGAAGCGCUUUAAAAAAGAGGGCUACACAACAGCUUUCGCUGAGGACUGUGAGAAUAUUAGCACAUUUAACUUUAACUUGGCUGGAUUUGUUUAUCGGCCAGUGGAUUACUAUCUGCGACCCUUUCUUUAUGCCGCCGAGGCUACUCUAAAGUUAACUUCAUAUUUGACCGGGGCCUAUUGUGUUGGCCGUCAUUUGAGUUUUAAGUAUGUUUGGGAUUUUGGCCAACAAUUUAUUCAGCGAUUUUUGAACGAGGCUCCUAUAUUUGGACUGCUCUGGAGCAAUAGUUUUACUCAUAACUACAUGACGGGAGCCACAUCUUUGGAUGACACUUUCAAAGAGUAUUUGGACAACUUCGAGAAACUGGGACUCUUCAAUCGUUCAGUGGUCAUUUUUAUGAGCGACCAUGGAGAUCGAUACAACUCUCUUAGAUCGAAAUCCUCGGGAUUUCUCGAAGAGCGACUGCCCAUGAUUUUCAUAUAUGUUCCACCUUGGUUUAGAACGAAAUAUCCACAGUAUGUGGAAAGCCUGAAAAACAACCGCAAUCGCCUUUCCUCAAACUACGAUCUUCACAUGACUUUGCAACAUCUACUCCAACUGAACACCGAUUCCAUGGCUGGUUUUGAUCCCGAUCUCCAGGCGAUUAAAUGUAAAACUUGUCAAUCGCUCUUCUUUGAGCUUCCAGUAAAUCGAACUUGUGCCGAAGCGGGUGUUGAUGAAAAAUGGUGCACUUGUCACCCACCGGAAAACAUCAACGACCCAAAACUAAUCAAUGAAAUUGGCGAGGCCAUAGUGGACCGUUUAAACAAACACUUUCGAGAGAAAAAUAUCACAGAUAUUUGUCAAACAUUGAAAUUGGGUCGCAUCCGAAAGGCAUACCGAAAGAUUAUCCUGGCCACUGCAUCCAAACCCACGGAUCCGGAUGAGCAUAUUUACACUUUGGAGUUUUGGGCCAUUCCCAGAGGAUUGUUCGAAGCCACCGUGAGAUGGAAUAAGAGAACUAAAAAGCUGACCAUGAAUGUGGAGGAGCUGAGUAGGUUAAACAAUUACGAAAAUGAUUCAAGGUGUAUAAAAGAUGCGAAGGUGAAAAAGUACUGCAUUUGCAAUGAGUCAGUGACCACUAGUAGUAAAUCUCCCUGA